AUGUCGUCCUCCCGGCUUUUGACAGCGAUCGGUGCAGCCCUACUGAUCGGUUCAUUUGGGCUUCUUCUUGUCACUUGUCUAUCUGUACCCAACACAAGUUUUUCAAUCUUCACAUUAGUAGCAACGAGGAGAGAGCUCCGUGGAUCAAAUGGACCAUCUAUUGUUCUUGACUUUGGUCUUUGGGGUUGGUGCCAGGCAACAGCGGCACAAUGGGCGAGAUACCCGCAGGGAUGCCUCAGAGUCAGGGGUUCGCCGGGCUACAACACAGCUGCCAUUAUUCGCCCAAUGAUUGUAGGGUUUUCCUCCUCAAUAAAAAGCAGAGGCAUGCACGAUUUGACACGAGGAUUCCCUUUGCCUGCUGUUGCAACUGCCACAACUGGACUAGGACUUAUCUCAGCUCUUGUCAACUUGGUCAAGCGCAAUCGAUUAACGACCUUGGCCAGCGCGAUCUUGGCAGCUCUAUCAUUUCUGUUUGCCGUGUCGGCUCUUGGUUGCAUCUUCUCACUGUUCGAGAAGAUAAGAAAAGAGUUGCCGAGGAGCACGGAUGUGCGGCUAGCCACGAACUUGCGGAUUAUGCACGACAUCUCAAAGAGAUACGGGGCUUCUUCUUGGAACUUGGUCGCUGCUUGUGCGACAUUGUUGAUCAGUACAACUAUAUUCAUACUGGCUUGGCUAGCUGAAGUGCGCCGCACACCACCGAAAGGAGGUGACGAGGGCAGGGAAAAGUCUAGCUACUAG